AUGGAUGACAGCGAGAUGGAGACGCUGCUGCCCGGCUGCACCUUCUUCCACCGGCACCCUCUCCUCCUCUGCUUUCUCUUCUUCCUGGCUUUCCUCUACGCCUUCUUCUACCCACUCUUCGCCUUCCUCCUCGCAUCCUCCCCAGUCCUUCUCCUCACCGCCUUCCUCCUCGGCGUCGUCCUCCUCCACAGCGUGCCCCAGGAACAUGACCAGCACGUCUACAAGAAGAUCAGCCGCAACCACCCAGCGCCAUGCCACAUCACAAGCACCGCCGCCGAUGCUACCGGAGCCAGGCACAACAACCGCUCCCACCGUGGCUCUGCGGCUGACUCACCGCCAACCAGCAGCGACUCCGACACCCAGCCCGCCAUCAUGUCCACCGCCACCUCCGUCGCCUCCUUCCCCGAGGACGACUCCGAGUCAGAGUCGGAGCCCGAGCACAGUGAACAACAAAAGCACCACAACCGGUCCGAGGAGGUGGUGCGUGCGGUGGCCUGGACGGCCGACGACGCCAAGAGCAUCGAGAACAUCGGAUCUCUUGAGCUCGAGAGGAACGCAGCCGUCGAGAAGCUCAUGUCCAGGCGCCUCGCCGCCCGCAGGCAGCCUCAUCACGGCCGCCACCACCACAUCGCGGGGGACAUCGAGGACGACGCGUCCAGGCUCACUGUCCACGUCGUCAAGAGCAACCCUUUCGACCUCGACGAGCCCUACGGCGACGACAACUUCCCUGGCUCCGCGCCCUCCACGCUAGUCCACCCCUCGCGCAGCAACCCCUUCUUUGAUGAUGACGACGACAAUGAACUCCUUCGUCCGCAACCACAGCAGCAGACAUUGUCCUCAUUGCCCCCAGGGGCAUCGGCCCAGAAGAAGAACCCCUUGCUGUUGAGACGGCACGAGAGCUUCACGGUGGGUGCGCCGUACGCCAGCGACUUCCGCCCGUCCCGCUUCAGGCCUUACUUCGUCACCGAGAAGAUGCAGGGCCAGCCUGUCACUGUUCCUGAGGCUGGUGGCAAGAUGAGCAGAUCCUCGUCUUCGUCGUCGUCUUCCUCCUCCUCCUUCUCUGCCUGUGCCAAUGCCUAUGCCGCUGUCUCUGCCAACAAAGAAGAUGAAGAAGCAGCAGAACAGGAAGCUUUGGCAGAAGCAGAAGCAGCAGCACUGUUGGAGGCCAAGACAGAUGAUCAUCAUGAGCUUAUUAGGCCUCGUGAGGUAGUGGCGGUGGACGUCGAGCUCAUCAGUGACUCCUCCGAUGAUGACAUCUCGCUGCCUGAGCAAAUGAAGGUGCAUCAGCAGCAGCAGCAUCAGCAUCAGCAGCAGCAGCAACAGCAGCAGGUGGCGGUGUCAGACCAAGAUGACGACGAGGGGGAGUCGUUUGAAGUCGAGAGCAUCACAAAACAGGUAGCAGCAGCAGCAGAAGGCAAAGGCAAAGGCAAACAAUUGGACACUGAUCCUGCGUACGACUACAGCCCGUCAGCUGGUACAAUGGAGAAGAAGCAGGACCAAUUACCACCUUUGCCGCCAACUAUGGCACAGACAAAUAAGCUGGCGUCCAUGCGGAGAGUAUUCUCAGAAGAUGAGGCAGAUGAGCCGUGGGCACCACCAAGCAGACUGGAGGAGACGACGGCAACGGAGAAGGAGGCCAGGGAGCAAGACAUGUUCCCACUUCCUCCUCUUCCUGAAUCUGCUCCUGCUGCGGGUGCUGCUCCUCCUCUUGCUGCUGCCGCGAAGAAAGCUGCAGGGAAGUCGAACAAGUACAAGCCACCCUCCAAGAAGGCAGUCUUAGGAUUCUUCCGGAAGUGA